CGAGUAUAUCCGCAUUUCCGACUCCUAUUCUCGGAAGUUUGUCUUGGUUUGCUUCCCUUCCUUGGUUUUUGCGAAGAAUCCUUUCGUUUCUCAGCUGUGAUUGGGACUUCAUUUGACCGCUCCCGCAACUUCUUCAUCCUUCUCCUCCUUAAAGCCCAUACCCACCCAAAAUAAGAGUAAAAGCGCAGAUCCCAAUUCCGCUCCCAAAAACACACCGGAAAAAUCAGGAGGAAUGACGGGUCGUUGGAAGUCAGUUUCUCUGCCGCCGGCGGUGAUGCUAUACUUGUGCUUCUGCUUGUUCCUAGCGUUCGCAGUGGUGUCCGGGAUCAAGCAGCCGCCGCGGCUGCGAUUUGGGAAGGAUGGGCAGUUGAAGAUUCUGCAAGUGGCGGAUAUGCACUAUGGAAACGGAAAGUCCACCGGCUGCUUGGAUGUCCUCCCGACCCAGCUGCCCACUUGCUCCGACCUCAACACCACCGCCUUCGUUGAACGGAUGAUACGAGCUGAGCGGCCGGAUUUCAUCGUCUUCACUGGGGACAACAUCUAUGGGUUCGAUGUUGCGGACCCGGUGAAAUCCAUGAAUGCUGCAUUUGCACCAGCAAUAGCUUCUGGCAUUCCCUGGGCUGCUGUUUUAGGGAACCAUGAUCAGGAAUCUAGCUUGUCAAGGGAAGGAGUGAUGAAAUAUAUAGCUGGAAUGAAAAACACACUUGCCAGGGUCAAUCCACCUGAGGUGCAUGUGAUCGAUGGUUUUGGGAACUACAAUCUGGAGGUUGGAGGAGUUCAAGGCUCUACAUUUGAGAACAAAUCGGUUCUUAACCUCUACUUCCUCGACAGUGGUGACUACUCCACCGUUCCUUCCAUCCCUGGCUAUGGCUGGAUCAAACCCUCUCAGCAGUUCUGGUUCCAACGCACAUCUGCUAAACUCCGGAAAUCAUACAUGAGCAGCCCUGCAGCUCAGAAAGGACCAGCACCUGGGCUGGCUUACUUCCACAUUCCUUUGCCUGAAUUUGCAAGUUUCGAUGCAUCCAAUUUCACCGGGGUUAGACAAGAAGGGAUCAGCUCCGCUAGUGUCAACUCGGGCUUCUUCACUACUUUGGUGGAGGCAGGAGAUGUGAAGGCUGCGUUCAUAGGCCAUGAUCAUUUGAACGACUUCUGUGGCAGGCUGACAGGCAUUCAACUUUGUUACGCUGGAGGUUUCGGUUACCAUGCCUAUGGAAAGGCUGGAUGGUCGAGGAGGGCUCGAGUAGUGGUAGCUUCUCUGGAGAAGCAGCAGAGUGGGGAGUGGGGUGCUGUCAAGUCGAUCAAGACCUGGAAACGCCUCGAUGAUGGGAAACUUACCGGGAUAGAUGGCCAAGUCCUCUGGAGCAAAACCCCUGGAGGUGCCCGCAGAAAGAAACAGUUUGGUGGCCGUUGAAUAUAGAGCAGAAGGGGAAAGAACCAAAUGCUACGGUUUGAUGAGCAGCCGAGGUACAAGUAGCCCACAAAGAAGUUGGUCAAGAAGGUAGUUUUUCAGCUUGUUUGUAAGGCUGGAAGAAGUGUUACAGAAGUUUGCGUUUUCACCUUGUUGUGAUCACAGAAUGAUGCUCCAGCUCGAAGAAAAACAUAUAGGAACUUUCUUCGCUGUGUAAUUUAGGUUAGGCACGUUAUUUUGCUGCUGAAUUUAUCUCAAAGCUUAUACGCAUUUGGUGUAUAUCCUUGAACAUCCCCUCCGAUUCUCUGAAUCCAAUUACGAUGAUUCAGAUGAGUAUUAGAUUGCACCAAUAUCAAUCCGAAUUUAUUGUUAUUAUUAUUCAAUUUGAUUUGCGUUAAUUCAUUUUGCGGAUUCAAGUGAAUAUACUUUUCUGUGUUUAUGAGAUAGAAAGAGUAACAUAAAAAGAGUAGUAAAAUGGUUAUAUUAUCAACUAGCUCAUAAACCCGUCUCGUUGGCCGGAAUAUUCAUUAUUUUUAUUUUUAUGUAACUUUUGAAUCUAUCAAGUAUCAACAUGUUUAAUUUUAUUGACAAUUUUUUGAUCGAAAUGAUAAAUAAAGAAAGAAUAUAUAGGUGGAACAUUGGAGAAUCGAAAUAAUCCCCAACUGUGUUAUUCCUAUUAGAUGCGUAGUAAAAUUUUAGUAUAUUA